GAUUGAGGUUAGGUAUAUGGUUGAUUGAGCGUUUGGUUAUCGGUUUUGGGUUGAACCCAUGUAAUUGUGGCCCGAUGUGAGAUUGGUUGAUGAUAUAUGGUUUAGUGAGUGUUUGAUUACGGUUAUUGGGUUGAACCCCAUGUAAUUGUAAACCGAUGUGAGAUUGAGGUUAGGUAUAUGGUUGAAUGAGUGUUUGGUUAUCAGUUUUGGGUUGAACCCAUGUAAUUGUAAACCGAUGUGAGAUUGGUUGAUGAUAUAUGGUUUAGUGAGUGUUUGAUUACGGUUUUAGGGUUGAACCCCAUGUAAUUGUGAACCGAUGUGAGAUUGGUUGAUGAUAUAUGGUUUAGUGAGUGUUUGAUUACGGUUUUAGGGUUGAACCCCAUGUAAUUGUGAACCGAUGUGAGAUUGGUUGAUGAUAUAUGGUUUAGUGAGUGUUUGAUUACGGUUUUUGGGUUGAACUCCAUGUAAUUGUGAACCGAUGUGAGAUUGGUUGAUGAUAUAUGGUUUAGUGAGUGUUUGAUUACGGUUUUUGGGUUGAACUCCAUGUAAUUGUGAACCGAUGUGAGAUUGGUUGGUGAUAUAUGGUUGAAUGAGUGUUUGAUUAUCGGUUUUGGGUUCAACCCCUGUAAUUGUAAACCGAUGUGAGAUUGAGGUUAGGUAUAUGGUUGAAUGAGCGUUUGGUUAUCAGUUUUGGGUUGAACCCAUGUAAUUGUAAACCGAUGGUUUAGUGAGAUUGGUUGGUGAUAUAUGGUUUAGUGAGUAUUUGAUUAUGGUUAUUGGGUUCAACCCAUGUAAUUGUAAACCGAUGAAUUUUUGGGUCGGUCAUAAUGAAGAAAUUCCUAGUUCCUAAACCCUCACCGUCGUGAUGCCGUUUCUUCCUUCUCCUCCUUCGUCGGCGCCAGAGGACUGAUCCUCGGUUCCUCCCUGUCGACUUCUUCCUUCCUUCUCCUCCUUAUUACGAAACCAUCGAUUUCUUCCUUCCUGCUUCCCUCCCUGUCUAUUUCUUCCUUCCUGCUUCCUAUCUCCCUUCCUUCGUCUUCCCUUCUCUACGCAACCAUCGAUUUUCCAUUCUCCUUUAUUCGCCCAUCCUUCGUCAGCCGCCGAAGACCCGCAGACCGCUCUCCAUCACUCUCCGUCGAGUACGAUAACCUCUUAUCCUGCUUUACCUGUGUGUUUUGCGCUUCUAGUAACCUCAGAUUUGUGCGGAUUUAGGGUUCCACGGGGUUUUUUGGGAAAUUGUUGGUUUUCGUCCAGAUUUGUGCGGUUCUAGUUGCUUCAUUUUCGAUUUCUAUUUGCACUCACGGGUUCUCUUGGGAAACUUAUGGGUUUCGCCGGACUUUGGGUUCUUUUGAGAAAUCAGGGACUUAUGGGUUCUUCUUGGUAUGGAGUACGGUUUAGGCUAUGGUUUCUUUCAUUUGUGAAUGUUUGGUUUGUCGCAGAAGUGAAGGGGAAACUAUGGUUGCUUAACUCGGUCUUGCCUCGUGUUUGUUUCAAUUCAUUCGGUCGGUUGUGGGUGGUGAAUAUGUGGAUUUCAAUUGUCUCUAAACUUCAUUUUGUUGCUUGUUUUCAGUUGAUCAACUAUGGAAGGGUUGAUGGAUGAUAUGAGCACAGGCAAGGACACGGGAAUUGACUUGAAUGUUGGUUUAGAUUGGGGAAUGGAUUAUGGAGAUGAUACCGGUGGUGUUAGAGAUAGUGACGAUAUGGAGGACAAUGUCGACACCACCGAUAGUGAUUCUGAGGAUGAUAAUAACACUAACUUUGGUGAUGUACAGUUACUAGAGAACAUUGUGAAUGGAUCUAUGUAAUGCUCGUGUCAAGGUUUAGAGAACAUUAUGAAUCAUCUUUUUCAUAAGUUUGAAGUUCUGGAAAAAAGUCCAUUCUGUUUGAAACACCAUUAUAAUAAGUACACGGGAUAGUUCAACAGGUGAAAGUCUCCUACUGGAAAUCUGACACCUUAUACUGGUAAUCUCACGACCGUAAAAUACUCAAGUUAGAUGUAAAAACCAGUGCUUCAUUCCUCAGGCAAAUAUCACGGCCGUGAGAUGUCCCGUGAGAUGCAAAGAGCAGUUCUCACUAUCCCAGGAAAUUUAAUAAAUCCCUUUAUGGUACAACCCAAAAUUGUACCUAUACUAAUGGUACAACUUUUAUGGUACAACCCAAACUUGUACCUAUACCAUGGUACAACUUUAAGUUGUACCUACACUUUCUAACAAAUCCCUUUAUGGUACAACUAAAAAUUGUACCUAUACUAAUGGUACAACCUUAAGUUGUACCUACACUUUCUAAUAAAUCCUUUUAUGGUACAACCCAAACUUGUACCUAUACGAAUGGUACAACUUUAAUUUGUACCUACACUUUCUAAAAAUCCUUCUAUGGUACAACCCAAACUUGUACUUAUACUAUGGUACAACUUUAAGUUGUACCUACACUUUCUAAUAAAUCCCUUUAUGGUACAACCCAAAAUUGUACCUAUACUAAUGGUACAACCUUAAGUUGUACCUACACUUUCUCCAAAUCCAGCUAUGGUACAACCCAAACUUGUACCUAUACCAUGGUACAACUUUAAGUUGUACCUACACUUUCUAACAAAUCUCUUUAUGGUACAACUAAAAAUUGUACCUAUACUAAUGGUACAACCUUAAGUUGUACCUACACUUUCUAACAAAUCCCUUUAUGGUACAACUAAAAAUUGUACCUAUACUAACGGUACAACCUUAUGUUGUACCUACACUUUCUCAAAAUUCUUUUAUGGUACAACCCAAACUUGUACCUAUACCAUGGUACAACUUUAAGUUGUACCUACACUUUCUAACAAAUCCCUUUAUGGUACAACUCAAAAUUGUACCUAUACUAAUGGUACAACUUUAAAUUGUACCUACACUUUCUAAUAAAUCUCUUUAUGGUACAACUCAAAUUUGUACCUAUACUAAUGGUACAACCUUAAGUUGUACCUACACUUUCUCAAAAUCCUUCUAUGGUACAACCUAAACUUGUACCUAUACUAUGGUACAACUUUAAGCUGUACCUACACUUCCUAAAAAUUCUUCUAUGGUACAACCCAAACUUGUACCUAUACCAUGGUACAACUUUAAGUUGUACCUACACUUUCUAACAAAUCCCUUUAUGGUACAACUCAAAAUUGUACCUAUACUAAUGGUACAACCUUAAGUUGUACCUACACUUUUUCAAAAUUCUUUUAUGGUACAACCCGAACUUGUACCUAUACCAUGGUACAACUUUAAGUUGUACCUACACUUUCUAACAAAUCCCUUUAUGGUACAACUAAAAAUUGUACCUAUACUAAUGGUACAACUUUAAGUUGUACCUACACUUUGUGAAACAAAUUCUUCAAUGGUACAGCUGAAACUUGUACCUAUACUAUAUGGUACAACUCUAAUUUGUACCUACACUUGUAUACAUUGAUUCAUUAUUUACAAGAUUGCCAUUAAUGAUGUGGGACCAGUCAUUUAGUGGGUUACCUCCUCAACAGGUCACCUUUUUUUUUUGUUUUUUAUAGCAUGGGUGCUAUAGAGCACACUAGAAGGGCUCUAAUAUUAUAUGCUUGUUAUACCACUGAAUCGUUGCCACUAGUUUCUUGCCUAUUGUCAUGCAGACGCACUUUCUUGCUUUUUAUUUUAUUUUAAGAAAAACAUAUAGGUAGA